GAGAAUUGUCAUAUGAUAAAGGCAGAAAUGUAAUGAGAGAUGUACUGUACCCCGCUAUUGCCCGGUCCGUCAACAAUUACUGGCUCUACGCCAAUGCACUGGAUCGCAAUCCGAACUGACAGCUCCGACCUUCCACCCGAAUCGGGGCUGGAACCCCGCCCUGGCCCUGGCCCUGGCCCUGGCCCUGGCCCAGUGACCGCAUCACCACCGGCUCGUCCUCCGUCGAUAACGAUAAGUUCUCCAACUACUCGUAAGCUCCCCCGUGCGAACCCGUCCUAACCACCAAACAACCCUACAAUUCACCGGCCAUCAACCAGGCAACGCACACACAAUCACGAUGUCUUCCCCAAACCACUCACCCCCCGGCAUCCUCCACGAAUACGCCCCCCACCUCGUCGCUUUCGAAUUCACCACCCCCACCAACGACCCCAAACCCAACACCCUCCUCUUCAUCGGUGGCCUCACCGACGGCCUGCACACGGUGCCCUACGUGCGCACCCUCGCGCAGGCCCUGCCACCAAAAAGCACCUGGAGCGUCUUCAACCUCCUCCUCAGCAGCUCCUACAGCGGCUUCGGCACGGGCGGCCUGGACACGGACGUAGCCGAGAUCGCCCAGUGCAUCGAGUUCAUCCGCACGCGGCUGCCGCACAAGGCCGCCGGCAAGAUCGUCCUCAUGGGCCACUCGACGGGCAGCCAGGACGUCCUGCACUACCUGCACUCGCAACCUCCAAAUCGGCCGGUGGUCGAUGGGGCGAUCAUGCAGGCGCCCGUCUCGGAUCGCGAGGCGCUGCUGGUCAAGAUCCAGGACGCUGAUACCUUUAAGCAGAAUGAAGUGCGGGGCGCCUACGAGCAACUCGUGCAGAUGGCGCGCUCCGGGCCCGCCACCUUCCUCCUGCCCAUGGACCUGCUCGCCCGCGUGGGCCUCCCCGAGAAUACGCCGGUCACGGCGCAGCGGUUCUGGAGCUUGGCGAGUCCCGACAGUCCCCAGCGGCCGAGCGCGGAUGAUCUGUUCAGUUCGGAUCUGGGGGAUGAGAGUCUCGCGGCGACGUUUGGAAAGGUGGCGGAGAGGGGUCUUCUGAAAGGGAGGUUGAUGGUUCUGUUCUCCGGGGCGGACGAGUAUCUGCCACCCUGGGUGGAUAUCCCGGGGUUGAUGGGGAGGUGGAGGCAGGCCGUGAAUGUUGGGGGCCAAGAUCUCUGGGAUGAUGAGGGGAGUGCAGCCAUUGAGGGGGCGAGUCAUAAUGUGAGUGACGUUGGGCAGGAGGAGCUGGUGCUUCGGCUUACUCUCGCCGAACAACCGAUCCACGAAGGUGAUGGGACACUCGGCGACCUUGAACCCCAUGGCCUUGGCGCGGACCAUCAUCUCCAUCUGGAAGCUGUACCCCUUGGACUGGGUGCUGUGGAUGACCUUCUCGAGCACGCUCUUCUUGUACAGCCGGAAGGAGCCGGUCAGGUCGCUGACGCCGGGCAUGAGCAUGACGUCGGCGAUGAGGUUGGCCGUGCGCGAGGUGAACUUGCGGAACAGGUCCCAGCCGUAGACGCCGCCGCGGAUGUCGCCGCGGGCGGCGUAGCGCGUGCCCGUGACGAUAUCCGCGUCCGUCUCGCGCUGGAUGUCGAUCAUCGUCGGGAUGAACUUCGGGUGGUGGCUGAAGUCCGCGUCCAUGAUAAUCACGUAGUUGCCCGUGCAGAACUGCAAGCCGUGGAUGUACGCCGUCCCCAGCCCCAGCUUGCCCGCCCGCGGCUUCAGGAUGAUGUGCUCCGCGCCCCAGUGCUGCUGCAGCUGCUUGGCCACCUCCAGGGUGCCGUCCGGCGAGCCGUCGUCCACGAUGAUGACUUCCCAGUCUAG